CGUAGCACCGUAUACCCUGUCAAUCAAUAGUGGUCUCACAGAGUCCAUAGUUGCAUUAUACUUAUCGUUUAAAGGCCUAUAAUUAUUGGCUAUUGUGAAACGGAAAACCUUACUGAUUUCUCAGGGUUGGAAGGAAUUGUCUCAUACAACAAGUCUAUUUCUUAAUCAACUAUGACAUCGAAUGUUACUCUUGUGUUAGGACUGUGUUUUGCUGUCUUAUCUUUAUUUUUCUACAAAUAUUUGGACAAUGUUGAUAUAAAACCGGAACGAGGAAUCAUCGAUUCUUGGACCAAUUUUAUCAAACCACCCGAAAAACAAUUUCAGAAACUUGCAGUUGGGUGAGGAGAUUAUUAAUAUUAGAUUGGCAUAAUAAAUUAAAUACCUGUAAUUUAAUCACACAACUCCGAGCACAAUUAAUGAAUAUUUUACUAAUCUAAAGUCAAAGUAAAAGUAAAGAAUAAAGAAGCCUGAAGUCAAAGACUAUGGACUAUAUGACUAAAUUACUAAUAUACUAAAUAAUAAUAAUUAAUAAUUUUUUGAGCAAAAUCUAAAUUAAGAAGUCAUAUUCAUCUUCGUUAAAAUUGAAAUCACUACUAGGUACUUUGAUAAAAAUGUAUGUAAACAUUUUGUAAAAAUAAACCAAUGGCAUAGGCAUAGGUGAAUAGAGAUAAUUUUUUUUACAGAAUUAAUCAAUUAUUACACCAAAAUCAUAUUUUUAGCUGUUGUAGUUUUAAAGUUAUGAAUUUUUAAAGUACGACUUCAUUUGUCCUUUUUUAACAUGGACCACAUCUCCACAUUCAGUGAGCCAAUUCUGUUGUUCGCAUCACGAGCUAUAUUAUAACUCUCAUUUUAAUGAUUAUUUUAAACUACUUUUUUUAUUCAGAACUAAUGCUGUAUUUAGGGGUGACACCCGAAUGAAAAAUUGCAAUUUACAGGGUACACAUUGCUCUCAAAAACCGAGAUUCAUAAAAGAAUAACUGAUCACACAUAUAUUUUUCACAAAUCCAAAGUUCAAGUUUGAUGCGUCAGAAAUGAGAUGAUCCUAUACUUAGGUCAGAAAAACACAAUCAUUAUUCCACACCAAUUGAAGUGUUCGGUAACGUCAGUAAGUGACAGGAGGCUAUAUUUAUAUAGAUUCUGAGAAAUAGGGCGGUGUAGUAGGGCGAUUAUAAGUAUACGAAUCGGUAAAAAUUAAAAACAUUGUAAAUGAAUUUUUACCCAUUUAUAGGGUUAAAAAUUAUAUUUUACAAUAAAUCUCUUUUAUUUUACAAAACAAUGGAUCUACGGGAUGAUGCAAAAUGGCGAGAAAAUAGGGCAGUCUUGGAGUUUGUUUUUUUCACUUUUCAGUCAUAAAUUGAAUUGAUUGUGCUGCAGAUUGUUUGCUGUUAAUGUUACAGAAACAACAUCCAAAUUUGUUACUGACUUUGAUAAGUGGUGAAAACUGAGCUCAAAAUUACAAAAUCAUGAAGCAUCGGAAGAGCGCCUAUGUUGCCUUGAAAAGUGGAAAGCAUUAGCAGCAGAACUUAGGAUACACAAAACAAUAGAUGCCGAAAGUAUUGCUGUGAUGGCAGGGAAAAGAAAAUGUGGAGGGAUAUCCUUCACAGGUUGCUGUAUAUCACAUUGUUUCUUGCAAAGCAAAUUCUGGCAUUUUGUGGCCAUAUCGGAGACAAAUCUUCACUAAAACUUUAUUGAAAUGGUUGAUAUGCUAUCUAAAUAUAAUCAAGUGCUAAAAGAGCACCAAAUGAGACCAAAGAGGAGUGCAUCUACAGAAAAAGCAUCCGCAUCUUACCUUUCACCAUAAACCUAAAAUGAAUUUAUAAAUGUCCUUGAAAGCAUAUGAAGGAGAUUCUUAUCAUGGACAUAAAGGCUGCGAGGUAUUUUGGAAUUAUGUUCAAAAGUACACCUCAUAUAUCACAAACUGACCAGAUAUCUGAAGUGACCAGAUAAGUGAACAUCCACAAAGGGAAAGUUGAAGUGAGAGAAGUUCUUCUUGGAUUUUUCCCCUUUAAGAGGGACAAAAGCUGAUGACUUCAGUUCUGAAAUUCUUGCAAAUCUGAAACGUGAUGGGCUAGACAUAAUGAUGUUCAUAGCUCAAGGUUAUGAUAAUGCUGCCACAAUGUCUGGAAUCCAUGGAGGUGUUCAGGUUACUCUGAAAAGAAAUAAUAAGAACGCGAUUUUUAAUGGAUCCGUGUACCAUAUGCUUAACUUGUGUGGUCAACACUCUUUUGCGGAAAGGUUCACGUAUGACAUUUUUCAGUACUCUUGAAAGAAUAUUUUCCUUCUUUGCUGCAUCCACUCAUCAAUGAAAUGUUCUAUUUGAACACAUUGGAAUGUCAGUGAAAAGACUAUCAACAAAGCAUUGGAGUACUUAUCAUGCUGCUGUUAAGACAGUGAAAGAUGAGUUUGAUGAAUGUGUGGCGGCUAUUGAAGCUUUGUGUAAUCCUCUUGAAAAUUAGGAUACAAGAGGUACAGAACAAAGUCUUUUGCAUGCUGUCUUUGAUUUGAAAUUCAAUUCUUUAAUUAUUAUGUUUGUGAUUUUACCUUUGGGCUCAUCAGCUUGAGGUCCUUGAUGAAACAUGCUAUUGAAAAGAAAUAUUUAAAAUCAGACCACUAUGGAAUUUCGGUAGUGAGAAGAUUAAGGUUUAAGAAGAGAAAUGCACAAUAAAAAUUAAUAGAUGCUUGACUCCUUCUUCGAGACGAAAACAUUAGGGAGAUUCUGGAGUGUAUUGAUCGCUUUCAUUCGGAACUACAGAUCAGAUCAUCAGCGAUCAUGGAAGUAGCAGAUAUGUUUGGGGCUGUUCAACACAAGAGUCUAGUAUCAGCAAUGAGAAUUGGCACACAUAUUUAUUUUACAGAGAUGAAAUUAAUAUGAAAGACAUAAAAUUUGAACUUCAAAUCAAAUUUUAUAGGGAAAGAUGCCUUAUGAAUUUAUAAUAUUGGGGUCGAUUGAAAAGGCAAAAAUUUAUGAUGGAAAUGUUGGUCAAGAUGUCCACUACUGUUUACGUAUGGAUACCACAAUUCUAUGACAAAAUAGUUCUUUCAUGAAUGAAAAAGCACCAACCUCCAAAAAUUAAAAACUCAGAUUUUUCUGCGCCAAGUCCCAUUUCCCAUGCAAAUUUUGAAGUAGUCUCCCUUGCCUUACCAAAGUGCCUAUACUAUGUCAAUAGCUUAAAAUUUCUUUAAAAUUAUGAACUCUAACUCUAGUCUAAUUAAAGAUUAAGAGACUUAAUUAAUGUAAUUAUUAAAUCAAAUAGUGCAACCCUUGAAUAAUUGAUUGAUUAGGCCAAUACUGCCAAUAGUUCAUUAUUUGCCAAUCACUGACUCAAUCUAAAUAGCUCGUGGUCUGGAGUUCAAUCCCCACUAAAGCACCCCGGGUGGGUGGGACUUGUUAGCCUGGGACAGCUGCUCAUCUAAGAGAAGGCAAACUGUGAAUUCAAACCAGGAGCCAAAAUGAUCACUAAAUUGAUCGUGGGCCCUCAGAUAUGAAGAAGAAUACACUUGUAGACUAUACAGAAGAAAAAACAAUUAGUUAGGGAAUAUCCAUAAUUGUCUACAAAUGACAUCAUGCAUCAAAUGUGUGAUAAAAGUGUCUAAUUGGUGUUAUAAAUUGGUGACCAAAAUUGGGGUGGGGCAAAUAAUCAGGCUAAAUGGCAUGACCUCAUUUAUAGAUGGCCUUGCAUAAAAAAAAUGAACUCAUCUGAUAUCAUGGCAUGGCAUAAAUUGAUAACACAAUUUUAAAAAACAAAAAUCAUCCAAACUGGCAUCAAGAUAAUAUGAUAUUUUUGUAAAGAACACUUUACAGGCAGAAAAGAUCUUCAUGUAACAACAGUUAUUGCAUACUUUUGGACACCCAUGGCACCAAAACAAUUUUAAAUGUCCUGGUUUUAAUUUGAGAAAAAAAUAGUCACUCUAGUGAAAAAUGUUCUUAUUUUUUUAAUUUUCACAUAAGGCCUAUUAAAAAUAACUAUAUAUGUAAAAAGAUAUAAAGAUAUUUUAAAAGACUUCAUUUUGCAUCAUUUAGAAUUAGAAAUAUUCUAUAUCACUUCACUUAAGUAUUGAAAUAAGCGCAGGAAUUAUACUUCUUUUUUUUUUUUUUUAGCAUCAACUCUAAUGUAGACAUCAUUGUUUCUGGUGUGGCUUUGCUAAAUGCAUUAAAAAUCCUACCUGGAAAACGGGAAAAUAAAAAUGUUCAAAGCAAUUUUAAUGAUUUGCAAGAAUUAGAAUUAGAAAUAUUCUAUAUCACUUCACUUAAGUAUUGAAAUAAGCGCAGGAAUUAUACUUCUUUUUUUUUUUUUUUAGCAUCAACUCUAAUGUAGACAUCAUUGUGUCUGGUGUGGCUUUGCUAAAUGCAUUAAAAAUCCUACCUGGAAAACGGGAAAAUAAAAAUGUUCUAAGCAAUUUUAAUGAUUUGCAAGAAACAUUUGCCUUUUAUUUCGCAAGAGGAAGUGCUGCAGAACGUCCAUUUACAGAUCAACCCAUAUAUCAAAAAAUUAUUGAAACAGCAGAAACAUUGAACCAUGUAGAGGUAUGAGAAUUUAUUUUCUAAGCUUGUCAUCUAUUUUAAAUUUAUUAAUUCUUAAAACAGGUUUGAUUUUCAAAAUGAUGUUGACAUUAUUUUCUUAGUAUGAAGAAUGAGCUCCUGCUACAUUGCAACUCAGGCUUGUCUUUCUACUUUUGAUUGUGUUCCCCCCCCCCCCCCCAUUGAAAUCAGACAGAGCACAAUAAUGGUAGUGCCGUAUGAGUAUUUUUUAAUUAUAUAAUGAAAACCAUUUUAAACUUUUUUAUAUUAUUUUUUCUAACUGCUUACUGAUUGCUCUUUAUUAUAAAUCUUGGAAGCCGUUUCCUCAAAGUUAUGUCUUUUUCUUUCUCAGCAUUUUAUCGGUGGGAAUGCAGCACUAAUGGCAAAGAAGGCAUCAAGUUUAUUUCCCAGCUUGUCUGUAAGUAUAAUAUUUUAGUUAUUUAAAAAAAAAAAAUUUGAUUUGUUUCAUCAUUUAUUUAAAACUUUUUUUCAUGUUAUCUCUAUUAUUAUACAGAUUGUCUUCUUCCUUGUGGCUAGAAAAAAAUGUUGUAUCUUAAAGAAAUUAUAGUUUAAUAAUAAAAACAUUAUAAAAACAAGUAACUAUCUUAUUUUGUUUUCCUCAUCAUCUGUUUAUGACCACAUUUGUUUUUGGUCAGAAGCAUAAAUCUAUGAUGUCACUUCCUCAGAUCAAUUUUGUUGGGCCUGUGGGUCCAUUGUUGGAAAGGCUAAUGCCAAAGGCUGUAAAAAUACCUCCAACAUGCCGGAUCCCGAAAGAUGAGGUUCAUCUCAUCAUGGAAUACAAGGUUGGAGAACAAUGGGGGAAUCUGUCAGCCCCUGUGGCAAACAGAUUCAUAACCAGUCAUGAUGAGUCCAAUUCUAAAAUUGUUAUGCUUGAAGCAUAUUUUGAAAGCAUCAAAACUUUUCAGCCAGAUCUUAUUCUACUUUCAGGUAAUUUUAUUUGCCAUUAAGACCUUGCAUAAAUGAUAAAGUGCCGUUAGGUUUGCAAUUCAUCUUGUUUCAAAUGCACCAUAUGCCGUUUAUUGUGUUUUAAAUACAUUACUUUACAUGCCAUUUGUUAAGUAAUUUGUGUUAGAGAUUAAACAUUUUUUGUCUUCUUAGACAUUCAAAUUUAAAUUUUAAAAUUCUUAUUCAUUAAAAAAUUUACAAGCUUAUAAAUUCCUUGAUAGCUGUUGUCGAAGCUCUCUUAGUGUCAAUCCUCACCAAAGCAAAUGAUCAACAUUUUUAAAAAGCCUGUCUCCAUUCUUUCGAAGAGCAUUUGAUAUUUUUGUUAUCUACCAUUCCCCUAAAACAUGUCAGGUAAAAAUAAAUUUAAGAAUAAAAAAAUUAACUUCCCUUUUAAUCCCUCACCAUUAUUCCAUCUUCAAUUGUUUUGUUAUAAAAGUGUAACCAAUUGUCUAAAGAUUUAUCAUUGAAGUUGAACACCAUCUCCCCCCACCCAAAAUUGCUAACCAUCUUCCAAAUGGAAGAAAAGAUAUUUGAAUUCCCACACAAAUGGUGCAAAAAAGGUGUAUAAGAUUGAGCAUUUCAAAGACAUCCCAUAUUAGCUAUAAAAUGAUGAACCCUCUUUCAGAGGAAUUAGGUGAGCUAGAGUCUUAGUGAAAGAGAUGUGGACCGACUGCAAGACUAAUCUCAAAGUAGACAUAAGUGAGCAUCAUCUUCUUCUGCUGCACUGGGGAAAACACAUUUUUAAAUUCUAGUGGGGAAAAACAAAAUAAAAUCUUGUGAUUUUUGUGAACUGUAAACCUUUCAACUUUAAAAAAUGUUCCCUCAUUUUUAUGAUUCUGCUCUGUAUUAUCAUUAUAGUGUUCAAGGGUUGUUUCUAUAUCAAAUUUUUACUUAAAAAAUUAUUUUUUUUAUCGUAGGUCUCAACAUAAUGGAUGGUCAGUCUCCUGAAUUUUUUGAUGAACGUUUGGAAAAGAUGGUCUCAUUGCUCCAGGAUGUCCCAUCCUCUGUUCCUGUGCACCUGGAGCUUGCCAGCAUGGCCAAUGAAGAUUUUGUGCGACAGAUUAUUGAGGAGGUGAGUUGCAUGUCGAGAACUCUAGUUGUUUUGUUUUAGUUUUGUGGGGAAAGGAUUUCACAUGAUAUGAAGUUAACUCACAGCAGAGAUUUUAUCUUCAUGCAUUAGCCAUUUUUAAACAAUUUCUUUAUUAGUUACUGAUUCUGUUUGAGCUGUGGUAAACCACCCUGUACAAAAUGUUUUUUAAAUGAUAGGUAGGUGACUCUAUAGUUAAACUAUGCCCAAUAGGAAAGGGGGGGGGGGGGGAAAAAGUUAAAAUAAUUCAUUUUAUGUCCUUUGAACAGUUUGUCCAUGAUUUGUUGAAAUAAUAUGAAUUAUUAUUAGGUUUUACCACAUGGAGUGUCAUCGCUGGGCUUAAAUGAGCAAGAAUUGGCCCUUGUAGCAAGAGUUGGUGGCUGGUCCAAUCAUGCCCCUGUUCCUUUAUCAGACCAGAAGGUUCCUCUUUACUGCUGAUGCUUAAAAAAAAACUUGCUUAUGGCACCAUACCCGCCCCCAUUCUUAAUCUACCCAAACCCAUGUUACACUUUUGGCAAUCGCUAAAUGUUAACAGUGUCUGCAAACCAUGAGUGGCCCUUUGAGGAUCUAAACUGAGAUCAAUCCAGGCAGGCACUCAGUACACACUUGGUUAGUGUUUCAUGAACAUCUGUUUUAAAACCUCACACAGUUUUCUAACUUGUCUGAUAAUCUAAAUUUGAAUUCUGAAGUACGAGCUUGUUCAGUUAUUUUCUAAUGUAACAAUGGGAGCUAAAUUAUAAUAAAUUGAUGCCAUUCACUGCUCACAAAAAAAAUCAAUAACCCCAGCAUUGAUGGAACAAUGUGUUGUUCCUGUGAAACGCAAUCCCAUAUCUCUUCAGUUAACAGAUUUUUAACUGUAAAGCAUUUGAUUCAUGAAAUGCUAAUUCCCGAAUGUUUUUACUGCACUUGACAUGUGGAUUGAUUUUUCCUUUAUCUAUUCUCCACAAUUGUGCCUUGAAAUGUCUCCAUGUUCUUUUUUAUGCCCAUGAGCCAGAGUUUGGGUACACAGUUUGGCUUAGUUUUAUGUUUUGAUCUCUCAAAGUGUGGCAGUUGUUGCAAGAACCUAAUCUAAAAUUUAUUGAGCCUAAAUUUUAACAUAAAUUAUGAAUAAACAUUGCUGCCAAGCACCUGCAUUUCCAUAAUAAUAAGGGCAAUAACUAUAACUACGAGUUUCUAAAUUUAGCCACUUAUUUGUAUCAGAUGGUUAGCUAAAGUAUGUCAAGUUUUUUUGUUUUUUUUCCAUUCAAACUUUUUGCCCUAAAACGAAUUCUUUUAUAUCUGUUGUUUAAAUGUAUGUUUUGUACAUCUAGUUAGGUUUAUGUAAGCCCAAGGAGGAAAUCAAGUUUUUCUAUAACAAUCAUGUUUAUACUUAUACUAAAUGAUGUGAAUACCAGUCAGGCCGCUACCCUCCCACUUUACACAUCCUUAGAAAGACACCAACACCAAAUGUAGACCCAAGUAUUGUUAUAAUUUAUAACCCUGGCCCUUGCAUGACACAGCAUAGAGGACAUUUUUAUGUUUGGGGCCUCAAUAGCACUCCAUAACAGAAUUUUCCCCCAUUUUUUCCACCUUUUAUAAAAAAAAUAUGCUGGGAUAAAAAAAAAAUCACAGUGGUAAGGACUUAAAACUCCCAUUUAAAAAAAUAAAUUUUUAGACAGAGCAUUUGAUAAAACCUUGAUUAUAUUUUCAAUUUGGUACCCUAACUGAAUAGUUAUUAAUCCCUCACAAGAAAAGAACUUUUUAAGCAUUAUUCAGAUGAUUUUUUUUUUUUCUGGUCAGAUUUACAAAACAAGUACUCUCACACAGACAACCACGCCCCACCCCCUAAAAUAUGUAUUAAAGUCCAAUGCCAGAGUUACAGAUACCAUAAUAAUCCAUUUAUGUUUGCUUGCUUCUCCAAUCUGACAUCAGCUAUACUUGGUGAUGGACCUUUGCACUUUAAUUAUUUUUUAAAUUUUUUUUUUUUUUUUUGCAGAUUUUUUUUUUUUCUUUUUUGAUGUGAAAAAAAAGUUACAUAAUGGUUAUAUGGCCACACACUGAACAUAAAUUAAGUAGGAAAAAAAAUGAAUUGAUAAUUAUGCAUUGCAAUUGAAUUGACAAAUAUGAAUUGAACUCGAGUUGAAAAAUGAGUAUUGCACUCAAAUUGACAAAUCUGCUAUGCUAAAAUUUAAAAAAUAGAGUUAAGGAAGUAAGAAAUUAAGUUAAGGCAUCAUUCUGGUAAUUCAUUUCAUUCUUGGUAAUUCAUUUCCCCUUUUACUCUCUCUAUGUUUAUAUUUUAAAUGUUUAAGCUACUUUGAAUAUUAUUUAAUCAAGUUUUAGUUCAAUUUUCUCUGGGUUUUUUGUGUUUUUUUCUUUCUUUUUAAUCUGUUUGCAAAUUUUCAGAAUCCAAAUCUAGAGGCAAAACAAAUAUUUCUGCCAAAACAUUCUUGCCUCAGUUCAUUGAUUUAUUUGUUAUUUUUAAAAAAUAAACCUUGUCAUAUUAGUUUUUCUUGGUUUUACUCUACAUCCAUCCCUUUAUAUCUCCGCCCCCUCCCAUUUAUGACAUACACCCAAAACUUCCUAAUCACAUCAUUAAAUUAUUUAAUUGGAUUUAAUGAAGUUACUGAAUAUGUUAAAUAAAUAAUGUAAAUAUUUUUUAAAAAUUUCUCCCAGGCAUUACCAAAUGUUGAUUCCCUCGGCCUGAAUGAACAGGAAAUAGUGUUUUCCUCCAAGUCUCUGAAUGGGCCACACCAUGACCACUUUGACGACUACAACGGGCAGCCUGAGAUUUACAAAAUCUCCGACAUUAUGCUGUGGAUUUUACAGAAAUACGGAAAGUCCAGCAACCAUCCUUCAUCCAGGCUUUCGCGGAUUCACUUCCACUCCUUAACCUAUCACAUCGUUGGCGUCCGGGACACAGCUUGGUCAAAUGUGGACAAGGCCACCGCAGCAGGUACGCAGGUGGCCGGCCUGCAAGCGUGCGACAUUCCAAACCUGAAAGAGGACCUCGUUGAGCUGAAAAUCCCUUCAAGGUUCAAGUUGUUCUCAGGUGAUAAAGAAAAAGACUUUGAUCCCCACAACCCGGUCAUCUCAUGGAGACGGGAUGAUUUCUUCUUUGUGUUCAGUCCCGUUUUAGUGUGCAGGCAUCCAGUCAAGACAGUUGGUUUGGGGGAUGCUAUAUCAGCAACUGGACUCAUGUAUUCACAGUUUCAUUCUUAGAUGGUUAAAAGAAGAAAUCUUUUGUUAAAUGUUGAUUUUGUUCCUCCCCCC